UAUAUUUCAAAAGUUUGUUUUUAUGUUUCUAACCUAUAACUUAGAUACCAAAUUAUAAUUUUUAGUAUUUAAAUAAAGAAAUUAAGUGUUGUAAUUUGGUGUUUUACCCUAAACCUUACUGUGCGGGCUUAAGAAAUGUAAAAUGCUAAUGACAGUAAUGGUAAUGAAGUACUUACAGAACUGUGAAAUAAAUUUCAAAACAUACAUAAACUUCAGGUUUAUUAGGGCCAAAUCAUCCAUGUAUCAAAUGUUACAGUGACUACGUUAGAAGAGCCUUAAAACCGUUUAAUAAUAAUGGAAGGUGACGAUAAAAAGGAGGAGGGAAAUACUGUUCAAGAACGUGACGCUGCUCCUGUACAUGAAGAUUAUAUGGAUUCCGCACUGGAAAGGCUGAAUACAAGGCGAUGGUGGAUAUGGAUCAUAUUCUUGCUAGCCAGCAGUCCGUGCGUGUUCACUGCUAUCCACAUCAUGGCGUCAGUGUUCAUCGCCAACCUCCCAAAUUACUGGUGCCAUGUCCCGGAGCUUGUUGAUGCUAAAUGGACCGAUGAACAAAUUAGAAAUAUAAGCAGCCCCGAAGGAUUAUCUAAGUCUAGCUGCUCUGUCAUUAACUGGAACUACACUCUAUUGGCAACCAUGGACUAUGAGAAAGCCAGUGAAUAUGUGUCUUCUAAGGUCAGACCGUCUGAGUCACGUUGUACAAAGUUCAUGUACGACGAGGAUAUUUCAUUUUCAACUGUUAGUGAGUGGGAUCUGGUAUGUGACAACCUGACAUUGAAGUCCUAUAUCCAAGCUGCUAUUGCCAUGGGUAAAUUUUUUGGUGGGGUCUUCUUUGGAUUCUUGGCUGACAAGUACGGACGAAAGAGGAGCUUCACUGCAGCGUGUCUUACAUACAUCAUAUCUGGGCCACUCGCCGCCUUUACUACUUCAUACUGGUUUUUUCUGAUUGCUCGAUUCUUUAUUGGUUUUGCUGGCUCAGGGUGUUACGGAACUGCUUACAUAAUUUUGACGGAGCUGUCCAGCAUGGGACGACGAGCCAUGUUCGCUUGUAUAUACAACUUAUCCUACCCUGUCGGAUAUGUGAUUCUUGCUGGGAUUGCCUACGUGUUCCGUGACUGGCGAACCUUGCAGCUGGCAAUCUCUCUACCCAUGGUACUGUUGCUACUAAACUGCUGGUUUCUGCCAGAGUCGCCACGGUGGUUAAUGACGAAAGGUCGUCACCCCAAAGCGUGGGCGAUAGUGAACACCGUGGACAAAUCCAUCGAACCUCCUGAGCUACACGACACGUCCAGCGAACAGGUUGCGGGACAAACCAAAAGUUCUUUACUCAAGAGAGUGGUCCACUGGUUCCACGAGUUUGUUAAUCUAUUUACAACUCUUGACCUUUGUCUGAGAGUUGUUAUUUCUUUGUUUACAUGGUUUGUUGCAUCAUUAGUUUAUUACGUAAUAGGUCUGAAUGCGGAUAACCUAUCACAGGAUCGAUACCUGUAUGUGGCGCUGAGUGGCGUGGUGGAGGCCCCCUCAUAUGUGGCGCCACUCAUUAUACUUAUCUGGCUGGGAAGGAAGCCAACGGCAGUCAUACUGUUUAUUUUAGCUGGAAUUUCUCUCCUGUCGAUUGCAGCUAUUCCACAAGAGUACAAGACUGCGAUUCUGGUGACUGUGAUGUUCGGCAGAUUCGCCGACAGUGCUGUGUUCGCCGUGAUCAUCGUCCACACGUCAGAGCUGGUGCCUACGGCUAACCGCAACUCGGCAGUGGGUGCGGCCCUUACCACCGCCCAGUUAGGCUCCGUUCUCGCUCCGUUUGUCGUGGAUAUUCUGGGCACGAAGGACAGCACGUGGCCGAGUACUCUGUGCGGUAUCGUGACUCUGCUGUCUGCGCUGCUCAUGAUGGCAUUGCCUGAGACCAGAGGCAAGAAUCUCCUGGCCACUGUGGAGGACCUGAAGAAGUCCGACCGCAGGGACCGAGUCUCUCUCCGCAAUUGUUGCUCUUGCUGAUUUCAACAUCUAUGGAAGAAUAUCUGAAGAAAACUGUUUCCUCUAACCCACUCUUUUGUUUUUGUAAAGGAAACAAAUUUUUAGUUGUCAUAUUGACAGUGAGUGGCAAAGUAACAAUUUAUUUAUGACAUAAAUAAUAAUGUAUUUAUUAAUUUAUUAUUAUGAGAUGUAUAUAAAAGUAUCAGCUGAGAUCUGAUACAAACUAACGUAACGAAAAAUACAAACAAGACAUUUAUUCUAUUUUUGUCCGUGGAUGAAUCCCCCACUAAAGCAAGUGUUAUAAAUAAAUAUAUAAUGAAACUAAAA